CGCGAGGAGAUCCGCGUUUGUCCGUAGCUGCGUUCCGUAGUUACCGGUUAUUGGAGGUCAGCCGUUUCUGGCGUGAGCUUGAAAUGUGAACCGAGAAAUGUCAUGAAGUGAAUCUGAAGAAAGCAAGCAGUGCCUUCACAGAUGCGCAAUCGCUUUGUCUCCCUGGCAUGAACCAGCUGUGUGUGUUAAACUGGAGUGAGCAGAGGCUUUAUUCAGACUGACACCGGCAGAAGCUGAUCCGUCCGUUUUGCCCUACAGAGGCCUGCGCUGUUACAGAUAUAGCUGCAGGAUCAAUGAUCCACGACAAAGAACUUGUUCGUUUUUUAUUUUGAUCACAUCAAAGUUGCAACGAUGAGAAAGGACGUGAGGAUAUUGCUCGUCGGUGAACCCAAAGUGGGGAAGACCUCCCUGAUCAUGUCACUCGUCAGUGAGGAAUUCCCUGAUGAGGUUCCUCUCAGAGCUGAAGAGAUCACUAUUCCUGCAGAUGUCACACCUGAGAGAGUGCCCACUCAUAUAGUGGACUAUUCAGAAGCAGAACAGUCAGAUGAGCAGCUUUACCAAGAAAUAUCAAAGGCCAAUGUUAUAUGCAUCGUAUAUUCAGUAAACAACAAGAAAUCAAUCGAAAAGGUGACGAGUCAUUGGAUUCCCCUCAUCAAUGAAAGAACAGAUAAGGACAGCAGAGUACCAUUGAUCCUGGUGGGGAAUAAAUCUGACCUGGUGGAGCACAGCAGCAUGGAAACCAUCCUGCCCAUCAUGAACCAGUACUCUGAGAUUGAGACCUGUGUGGAGUGUUCAGCCAAAAACCUGAAAAAUAUCUCGGAGUUGUUCUACUACGCCCAGAAGGCUGUUCUGCACCCGACAGGACCGCUGUACUCUCCAGAAGAGAAAGAGAUGAAGCCUUCUUGCAUCAAAUCACUUACUCGCAUUUUCAAAAUAUCUGACCUGGACAAUGAUGGCAUUCUAAACGAUAAUGAGCUUAAUUUCUUCCAGAGAACUUGUUUUAACAUACCUCUGGCACCUCAAGCCCUGGAGGACGUGAAGAAUGUUGUGAGGAAAAAUAUGUCAGAUGGGGUUAAAGACAAUGGCCUCACACUGAAGGGUUUCCUGUUCCUUCAUACACUUUUUAUUCAGAGAGGAAGGCAUGAGACCACAUGGACUGUGCUCAGGAGGUUUGGUUAUGAUGAUGACCUGGAGCUGACCCAGGAAUACCUGUUUCCACUGUUAAAAAUACCUCCAGACUGCACCACAGAGCUGAACCACAACGCCUACCUCUUCCUCCAGAGCGUCUUUGACAAGCAUGACAAAGAUCGAGACUGUGCCCUAUCUCCAGAUGAGCUGAAGGAUUUGUUCAAGGUCUUUCCCUACAUGCCCUGGGGUCCCGAUGUCAACAACACAGUCUGCACCAAUGAGCAAGGCUGGAUCACUUACCAAGGCUACCUUUCCCAGUGGACGCUAACAACAUACCUAGAUGUGCAGCGAUGUUUAGAGUACUUGGGUUAUCUUGGUUACUCUAUUAUCCAAGAACAGGAGUCACAAGCAGCUGCUAUCACAAUCACAAGGAAUAAGCGCAUCGACCUGCAGAAGAAACAGACCCAGCGCAGUGUUUUCCGCUGCAAUGUCCUAGGAGCUCGAGGCUGCGGAAAAAGUGGCUUUCUGCAGGCUUUCCUGGGCAGGAACCUUACGCGUCAGAAGAGGAUAAGAGAGGACCACAAGUCUUACUAUGCCAUCAGCACCACUUAUGUUUAUGGACAAGAGAAAUAUCUGCUUCUGCACGAGGUGCUGCCGGACUUUGAGUUCCUUUCCGAGGCUGAUCUGGCUUGUGACGUUGUUUGCUUGGUGUAUGACAUCAGCAACCCACGUUCUUUUGAAUAUUGCGCUAAAGUCUACAAGAAACACUUCUUGGACUGCAAGACACCAUGUGUGAUUAUUGCUGCCAAGUCAGACCUGCAUGAAGCCCGUCAGUACUAUAGCCUGUCCCCGCUGGAUUUCUGUCGGAAACACAAGCUUCACCCGCCGCAGAUGUUCACCUGCAACACAGCCGAAGCACCCAGCAAAGACAUCUAUACCAAACUCACCACUAUGGCCAUGUAUCCCCACGCCAAGUUACGCUGCAUGUGCAGCUGCAACAGGUGUACCUAUUGCAUCUGUCACAACCUCCUGAACUCUGAGCUGGUGCGCUCGGUAAAGGCCAAAUUCUACAGUGCUGUUCUGAACAGGUGUUCCUUUUCAUUUGUUUGGCUUGCCCUUUUCGUCUUUGCUUUGCAUCUCUUUACAUCAUGUUAGCAGUCUGCACAUCUGUCCCUAUCCUCUCUAACCAUCAUCUGUUUCUCAGCAUUAGUUAAGAAAGCUUCUUCAGGACUAACUAGUCAUAUGCAGUGAUGUGACAUCUAAAUGUCCCAUUUUGUGUUGGAUUGCGUCUGUAUUUGGAUUACUAACAUGUCUAACUUGUUGCUGCUAAUAUAGUGUUUCAUCUAAAACACAAGCUUCCCUUGCCAUUAUUGUUUGGUGCUUUGAUGGAUAGUAUUUCAUGUAUUGUUCUCAACUGUCAUUUAGCCAGUCAUUUAAUAGUCAGUCUGCUGUUUAAGAAGUGUUUCGUCAGGUUGUUAAAAAAAUAUUAUAGCUAAAAAAAAAUGUUUUUAAUUAAAUAUCAUCAUAUAUACAUUUACAUCAUAUAUACUUUACAGUAUAUCAAGCAAAUUUGUUAGAAAGUUUUUAAAAAUAAAUUUUGUGUAUAUGUUAGGGAUGUUCAUUUUAACCGUUUAACCGUUAACCGACCGAUAAGAAUUUUGACCGAUUAAUACAAUCAGUUAAACGGUUUAAAGUCACUUAUUUAUUUAUUUAUUUUCAGUAAUUUAUCAAGAUAUUUUAAAAGGUUUAAUGCAUGGUUAAAAUAAGCUAUGCGUAUUAAAAAAAAAAAAAAAAACGUUUUUUAGAGAGAGAGAAAAAAAAAAACAUAAGUCGCAUUUUAUUAUUUCAUUCAUAAAUAGGCCGACGCGAAUUACAAAUAUUGUAAUAAACACUGUAAACAUAGCUAUGCUAUUUUAGUUCCCCUCACUCCACAACAAAUCCUUUCAAUUAUAGGCUAUUUAGAAAAGAACAAGAAUUAAAAAUGUAAGUAGCUAUAGCGACAAACCGAAACGAAACUAACUAACUGUUCGACACAAAAUCAAAUGUUUCCGUAUUCGCGAUGUAUUUGAAUGCCAAAAUAUUAUUUACCUUUUAUGUACAGGCCUACUUCACUCGCGUUCCAAUAUCCACGUAAAACAAAAUGUUUUGCAUAACUUCACGGCGGUACGGUGAUAACGCUUAACGGCACAGAUUUUACUACAUAUUUAAACUGAGCGGUGUUUUUUUUUUUUUUCUUCCAUAUGUUUGACUGAUUGUUUUUUAUAAUGAUAAUGAACAGGCUGCAUUGUCAAGGUAGAAUGCUAAACUGUGUGCGGCGCUGGAGAAAUCACUUGAUUUUUUUUUUUCUUCUAACAGUGGAAGCAAUCCUUUUAGUCAUGAAGAUAAUCGGAAUUGUAAAAGAUUAGGGUCGUUUGCUGCUUUUUGCUCAUGUAAAAUUAAUCCCCGAAAAACAAAUGUUAGUAUUUUUAACGGGUCACAGACACUUAUUCUUUCUAAUUUAAUUUUAGUUCUAAUUUAAAAUAAUCUUGUCGGUUAACGGUUAAUAAUCGGUUAACAAGCGUCGGUUAGGAAAAAAAAAAAAAAAAUAUAUAUAUAUAUAUUAGUUUUAAAAAAUGAAUUUUAUAUAACACAUUUGCUUGAUAUACUGUAAAGCCACUAAAUAACCAGUCAUUAAGUAUGAAGAAAAAAGAUUUUUUUUUUCAGUGACAAAGCUGCCAUUUCAUAUUAAUAAGCGGGUGUGUAAGAGUGUGUGUUUACAGCAUGUGGUGAGCAGUGGGGUACAUUGGGGUGGUCCUGUCGGGUGUGCGGUUGUUGAACUGCCAUGCUGUGUGCAUGUGUGCAUAAGGUUGAGACCUUUUAUACAAGAUGUGGGCACGUUUCUGUUGGCUGACGAGGAGUCCAGCCUCACCCAUCAGGUUCAUGCAGUCAGCUUUGUAGAGGACUCGGUCUACAUGGAGUCGUCUGUCGACCCGUUUGUGCCCGUUGG